UAAUCAUUGGGAGUAAUGAUUCAUCUGAACCCCGAGGUGUUGGAUUUGCUAAAAAUCAAGCAGUAAUUCAGAGCUCAGGAGCCUAUCUCUGCUUUCUGGAUUCAGAUGAUGUGAUGAUGCCACAGCGGGUUAGGCUGCAGCACCAAGUUGCCAUUCAACACCCAAACAGUAUUGUUGGUUGCCAAGUCAGAAGAGAGCCAUUGGACUCCACUGAACGAUACACUCGCUGGAUCAAUAACCUGACCCAAGAGCAACUUCUCACACAGGUGUUCACCUCCCACGGACCCACUGUGAUCAUGCCAACCUGGUUCUGUUCUCGAGAGUGGUUUUUUCACGUGGGAAAAUUUGAUGAGGGGGGAAAGGGGGUCCCAGAAGAUCUGCUGUUUUUUUAUGAGCACAUCCAGAAGGGUGGUGAGGUCUUCCGAGUGAACCGCUGCCUCCUGCUCUACCGGUACCACCCGCAGGCUGCGACUCAUUCCGUCCUGGAGGGAACCAUCUGGAACCACCGAGUCAGAUUCCUUGAGGACAGAGUCCUGAGCUCCUGGACAUCAUUCACCAUUUGGAAUGCUGGCAAACAAGGCAAGAAGCUCUACAGAAGUUUGUCACCAGCUAAUAGGAAAAAGGUCAUUGCCUUUUGUGAUGUUGAUGAAAAGAAAAUAACAAAAGGAUUCUACACUUACGAGGAAUCUGAGGAGAGACCAAAACCAAAGGUCCCUGUGUGUCACUUCAGAGAUGCAGCUCCACCUUUCAUCAUCUGUGUGAAGCUGGAUUUGACAGGUGGAGUGUUUGAAGCAAACCUGGACAUGCUGAACCUGAAGGAAGGGAUGGAUUAUUAUCACUUUAACUAAACCCAAGGUGAGGCAGUGGGACUGAAGCU